AUGGACGGAGCGAUGUUGGUUUCAAGCAGCACCGUAAUGCCGAGUUUAUCACCUAAUGCUACGGACCCUUACAGUAAUGUCACCACGGUGUCCAUCUUGAAGGCGUGUGUUCUGGGUGUUGUUGCAGUCCUUGUUCUAAUAGGCAACACGAUGUGUUUGAUCGUCCUACGCAACACAGAGAAUGGUGUCCACCCAGUCACCAAAUUGUUCCUAGUGUCGCUGACACUCAGUGAUCUACUGGUGGGUUUAUUAGUCUGUGUACCUGUCAUUGGAUCUACGGCGUUACAGCGUUGGCCUUAUGGAGAAACUUACUGUUACGUCGUGGCUAUGUGUCAUGCUCUGUACUUUAAUGCUGGUUUGAGUGUUCUGGCAAUUAAUAUAGAACGAUACAUCGCGGUGGUUUGGCCGCUUCGAUACCCGACGAUCGUCACCGUACACCGGGCGAUCGUCGUAGAAGUCUUUCUACUCGCAAUGAUUGUAAUAUGGGCCUUGUUGUACCUACUCGUCCCAGGUCGAUCCACGUUCUAUUAUGAGAACUUCAGUGCUUGCUUCAUAGAUGCCGAUAGUGGGGACGACUACCUAGGCCAAUUCGGCAUGACUCUAUUCAUCGCCGUGCCGAUGUUGGUCACCGUCAUUUUACACGCUAGACUGUUCUUCUUGGCAACUCGCCACGCCUCAAGAGUCGAUGCUAUUACAAUAGGAGAUAUCAACCCUCCAGCGACCAUCGACGUUGAAAGUAACUCGGACCCUGCCGAGUCGUCCCCAUCCCGUCGCAAUGGCCCACGACGACAACGCGCCAACUCGGUCCGGAAUAACCCGGACGCCAAAGCUGCCAUGACGUUUUUUAUCAUGGCGGUGGUGGCCGGCGUCUCAUGGACGCCGUAUUACACAACUAUAGCUUGGGAGAACUUCCGGACGGAGCCGGUUCCCCCAGCAGUUGCUUUCGUAUCCCAGAUUCUUCUACUCCUCAACAGCCUGUGGAAUGUCCUCAUUUAUUACACCAGAAAUGACACUUUUAGAAAAACCUCAAACAAACUCUUCGGACGAUGUUUCCGGGUGCGAACUUCCCGGGAAGAGUUGCUCGCUGUCAGCUGA